AUGGGAAAGGAAUUAAUACUAGUAGCUUUCCUGAAUGAUUUUCAUGAAGAAAGCUCUUCUGAGGACACAAGUGAAGAGCUGCAGAGAAGACUACAGGAGGUCACAGAGGAAGUGGAGCUGUUACGCACAGAACUGGAGGUCACUCAUCGCCAACUGGAGGGAAAACAUGAAGCUCUUAGGAUCUUGCAAGGACAGGCAAUCUUGGACAAAGCAACUUGUCAUACUAAAAUAUUGCUUCAGAAGAGUGAAGAGAGGAACAAGGCCCUAGAAAAGGAGCUUAAUGCACUGCAAUGGGAGAUCACUUUCAACCAGGUGCAGUUCAAGAAUGUGGAAAACUCAUGGAGUUUAAAGUAUGAGAGGGUGUUGGCAGAAAACGAAGCCCUAAAGAAAGCACUAGAGGAGAAAAUGAGAGAGCAUCAGGAGCAAAGGACAGAGAAUGCUUCUCUGAGCCAAAAAUGUCUGGAGCUCCUGUCCAUGCUCAGUGCUAAGGAAAGAAGGGACUACCAGAGGACCCAGCCUCCAUGCAGCCUGAGAACAGACGGUUCGGCACUAGAGCUGGCAGUGUAUGGGGCAUGUCAGUGUAACUCUAAUGGGGGCAAGCCAUGCUCUUGUGCUAGAAGUGCUGCUGCAAGUCGCAAACAGGUUCUCCAGCUCAAGCAAGAGCUGGAGGAGCAGCAGAAGAGGAAGGAGGAGGCUUAUGUCAUGAUGGAUGCUUUCCGCAUCGCCUUUGAGCAGCAGUUAAGGAGAGUCGGUGAGAACGUGCUCCGGCAGGCUGAGACCGACAGACACCAGCCACAUUACCAAAGGCAUGAGAGAGGGAAGCAAGGGUCUCUCAGUGUAGGUGAAAGGUUAAAGAAAUUUCUGCCCACAACAAGCGAAGGAAAGAUAUCAGCCGAUUCAAAUGAAAUACUGCAUAUGCUGCUUGAUCUGUUAAAUGACAAAGAGGAGGCUUUGGCACAUCAGAGGAAGGUGAGCUACAUGUUGGCGCGAAACACUGAAGAUCUGGAAAAACGUCUCCAGAUGCAGCUAGAGGAGCUGGGCCUCUCACACAAAGACAGUAAAACAAAAACAGAGGCUUCUGAGGAGAGUGAAUGGAGCAGAGGAAGAGACUGUAGAUGCUCUGCAGACAGCGGUGGAUCACAGCAUCUCUCUGUUCCUGACAGCCCUGCAGCUCAUGAUGAGCAGUCCUCCAAACCAAAUCAACCCUCCACUGAAAUUAAAGAAACUGACAAUAAAGAUGUUUAAAAGAACAAGAAAAUGUUGUAUUAAUUCAAAAGACAAAUACCUGCAAUAUUUUCAUAUA